AUGGCCAGCCGCUCCUUCUGUGGGGCCAGGAACUUCAGCUCCUGCUCGGCAGUGGUGCCCAAGCCUGGGGCUCAUGGCUGCCUCACCACUGUGGGCUUCCGCUGGGGCAGCCCCAGGGGACCGGCCUACAGGUGCCUUGGGGGUUUUGGCAGCCGGAGCCUGUGUGCUGCGGGGUUGCCCCGGAUCGCAGUGGGCUGCAGACGGCCCCUCGGUGGCGGGGGCAGCUUUGGCUACCGAGCAGGGGGUCUUUGCGGGCCCAGCGCCCCCUGCAUCACCACCGUGUCGGUCAACGAGAGCCUCCUGACGCCCCUCAACCUGGAGAUCGACCCCAACGCGCAGUGCGUGAAGCACGAGGAGAAGGAGCAGAUCAAGUGUCUCAACAACAAGUUCGCCGCCUUCAUCCACAAGGUGCGCUUCCUGGAGCAGCAGAACAAGUUGCUGGAGACCAAGCUGCAGUUCGUGCAGAACCGCGACUACUACCAGGGCGGCCUGGAGCAGCUGUUUGAGGGCUACCUCCAGACGCUGCGGCGGGAGGCGGAGUACGCCGAGGCCGACAGCGGGCAGCUGUCCUCGGAGCUCAACCACGUGCAGGAGGCGCUGGAGGGCUACAAGAAGAAGUUUGAAGAUGAACUGACCUACAGGGCCACAGCGGAGAACGAGUUUGUGACGCUGAAGAAGGACGUGGACGAUGCCUAUCUGCGAAAGGCGGACUUGGAGGCCAAUGUGGAGGUGCUGGAGGAAGAGAUCAACUUCCUGCGGAGCGUCUAUGAGGAGGAAAUCUUCCUGCUCCAGUCACACAUCUCCGACACCUCGGUGGUGGUGAAGAUGGACAACAGCCGGGAGCUCAACAUGGAUGCGGCCGUGGCCGAGAUAAAGGCUCAAUAUGACGAUAUCGCCUGCCGCAGCAGGGCCGAGGCCGAGUCCUGGUACCGAACCAAGUGUGAGGAGAUGAAGGCCACGGUGACCCAGCAGGGUGAGAACCUGCGCAGAACCAAGGAUGAGCUCAGUGAAAUGAACCGCCUGAUCCAGAGGCUGACAACCGAGGUGGAGAACGCCAAGCAGCAGAACACCAAGCUGGAGGCAGCCGUGACGCAGUCUGAGCAGCAGGGCGAGGCGGCCCUGAGCGACGCCCGCUGCAAGCUGGCGGGGCUGGAGGAGGCCCUGCAGAAGGCCAAGCAGGACAUGGCGUGCCUGCUCAAGGAGUACCAGGAGGUGAUGAACUCCAAGCUGGGCCUGGACAUCGAGAUCGCCACCUACCGCCGCCUGCUGGAGGGCGAGGAGCAGAGGUUGUGCGAAGGCCUGGGCCCCGUCAACAUCUGUGUGAGCCGUUCACAGGGUGGCGUGGUCUGCGGGGACCUCACGUCCACGGUCACGCGUGGCCUCAGGGGGUUGGCCCUCAGCAGUGGUGCCCUGUGCUCCCCCUCUGUCGUGGGGGCCUGCUCCGGUGCCAAGUCUGUGCGGUUCACAUAA